AUGCGUUUGAAGCCAGUGGGGAGAGUAUGCUUGUGCUGGGCAAGAACCAGACAGGGCGCACGCCGGGGCUUGGACCGCAGGGCAAGGGUGUGGGGUGCGCCGGGCCGGACGCCAAAGCGUAUGCCUGAGGUAGAGUCCGGGGCGAGGAACACUGGUUCCUCAGCGGUGCGUUCGCCCCAUCGCCGGUGCAGGCCUCAAAGAUGCCAGGCCUGGGCCCGGAGGAUGAGCCAAGCGUGGUGCCUGCUGGACAUGCGCAACGCUCUCUCCUGCCAAGUCAAAACGGCCUUCCGCGGUGGCCGCGCCUUUGAUUCCGAGCAGAGCACCGGUUCAGACUCUGAGGUGCUCACUGAGCGGACUUCCUGCUCCUUUGACACUCACACUGACCUGGGCCCUGGUGCUGCAGGCCCUGUGCCUGCCGCCAUGUCUUCCAUGGAAGAGAUUCAGGUGGAGCUGCAAUGUGCUGACCUAUGGAAGCGGUUCCAUGACAUUGGAACUGAGAUGAUCAUCACCAAAGCAGGCAGGAGGAUGUUUCCUGCCAUGAGAGUAAAAAUCACUGGCCUGGACCCACACCAGCAAUACUACAUAGCAAUGGACAUUGUGCCUGUGGACAAUAAAAGAUACAGAUAUGUGUACCACAGCUCCAAGUGGAUGGUGGCUGGCAAUGCGGACUCCCCUGUGCCCCCAAGAGUUUAUAUACACCCUGAUUCUCUAGCUUCUGGAGACACUUGGAUGAGACAGGUGGUCAGUUUCGACAAACUCAAGCUGACCAACAAUGAAUUGGAUGAUCAAGGACAUAUCAUUCUGCAUUCUAUGCACAAAUACCAGCCUCGAGUUCACGUGAUCCGUAAGGAUUUCAGCAGUGACCUGUCGCCCACCAAACCUGUCCCUGUUGGGGAUGGAGUGAAAACAUUCAACUUUCCUGAGACCGUGUUCACCACAGUCACAGCCUACCAGAACCAGCAGAUCACCAGAUUAAAAAUCGAUCGAAACCCUUUUGCUAAAGGAUUCAGAGAUUCUGGAAGAAACAGGACUGGACUGGAAGCCAUCAUGGAGACUUACGCGUUCUGGAGACCCCCUGUGCGCACACUCACCUUUGAGGAUUUCACCACCAUGCAAAAGCAGCAAGGGGGCAGCACAGGCACUUCCCCGACCACCUCCAGCACUGGGACACCAUCGCCUUCAGCUUCUUCUCACCUUUUGUCUCCAUCCUGUUCUCCUCCAACAUUUCACCUGGCCCCCAACACUUUCAACGUGGGCUGUCGAGAGAGCCAGCUGUGCAAUCUGAACCUCUCUGAUUAUCCACCAUGUGCCCGAAGCAACAUGGCUGCCUUGCAGAGCUACCCGGGGCUGAGUGACAGUGGCUACAACAGGCUCCAGAGUGGCACUGCUUCAGCCACUCAGCCCUCCGAAACCUUCAUGCCUCAGAGGACUCCAUCCCUGAUCUCAGGAAUACCGACUCCUCCCUCGUUGCCUAGCAACAGCAAGAUGGAAGCCUACGGUGGCCAGCUGGGGUCCUUCCCCACUUCCCAGUUCCAGUAUGUCAUGCAGGCCGGCAAUGCAGCCUCGAGCUCCUCCUCACCACACAUGUUCGGGGGCAGCCACAUGCAGCAGAGCUCCUAUAACGCCUUCUCUCUCCACAACCCUUACAAUCUGUACGGAUACAAUUUCCCCACUUCUCCGAGGCUAGCCGCAAGCCCGGAAAAACUGAGCGCCUCUCAAAGCACUUUACUCUGUUCUUCUCCUUCCAACGGGGCCUUUGGAGAGAGGCAGUACCUGCCCACGGGGAUGGAGCACAGCAUGCACAUGAUUAGCCCUUCGCCCAACAACCAGCAGGCGACUAACACCUGUGACGGCCGGCAGUACGGGGCGGUCCCAGGCUCCUCCUCCCAGAUGUCCGUGCACAUGGUUUAA